GCGGGGUCCGCCCGGGGCCGGCAGCGUCCGCCCGGCGGCGGGAGGAGGAGGGAGCGGCGUAGACAAAGAGCGGCAUCUGGGCGGGCACAGCGCGGCCGCCGCCCCGGGACCCGCGCUGCUGCCCUCCGGCCUCGGCGUACGGUGUGCAGCGAGUGUCUCAAACGGCACCAUCUCCUGGCCUGCCUUGUCCUCUGGUUGCUGCAUCUUCAUCCAUCAGCGUAUUCAUCCGUAGGUGCUGCUGGGCUUGAGACUCUUGGGACAGGAGGGAUCACAAAGUCAUCUGUGGAUCCCAUAGGUUCCUCUCCUACAAACUAGUGCUGCUCCGGCUCAUGCUUCUCUGCUGAGGUCCGAGCUGACUCAAGAGCUUAGAGGAUCACUGCAGCUUUGUAACCUUCAAGGUGUCCUUAGCAGAAGAUCAAAACCUCAUCUUUUUGAAGAGUGCUACGUUUUGCCAGUCACCUCUUGCAACUGUGUGCCAAAGAAGGACUCCAUGAAAGAUGACAGAAGAAGUUAUUGUCAUAGCCAAGUGGGACUACACGGCCCAGCAGGACCAGGAGCUCGACAUCAGGAAGAACGAGAGACUCUGGCUGCUGGACGACUCCAAGACGUGGUGGCGGGUGAGGAACGCAGCCAACAGGACAGGCUAUGUGCCGUCCAACUACGUGGAGCGCAAGAACAGCCUGAAGAAGGGCUCCCUGGUGAAGAAUCUCAAGGACACGCUAGGCCUUGGAAAGACGCGGAGGAAGCCAAGCGCUCGGGAUGCAUCCCCAACGCCGAGCACCGAUGCGGAGUACCCGGCCAAUGGCAGCGGUGCUGACCGCAUCUACGACCUCAACAUCCCCGCCUUCGUCAAGUUCGCCUACGUAGCUGAACGAGAAGAUGAGCUGUCCCUGGUGAAGGGCUCCCGUGUCACAGUCAUGGAGAAAUGCAGUGAUGGCUGGUGGCGUGGCAGCUUUAAUGGGCAGAUCGGCUGGUUCCCCUCCAACUAUGUGCUGGAAGAGGCAGAUGAGGCGGCAGCCGAGGCCCCCAGCUUCCUGAGUCUUCGUCGGGGUGCGGCACUGAGCAACGGGCAAGGUGCACGGGUGCUGCACGUGGUGCAGACGCUGUACCCCUUCAGCUCGGUCACUGAGGAGGAGCUUAGCUUCGAGAAGGGGGAGACCAUGGAGGUGAUUGAGAAGCCCGAGAACGACCCUGAGUGGUGGAAGUGCAAAAAUGCCCGGGGCCAGGUGGGCCUGGUCCCCAAGAACUACGUGGUGGUCCUCAGUGACGGGCCUGCCCUGCACCCCACGCACGCCCCACCAAUCAGCUACACCGGGCCCUCAGCCAGCGGGCGAUUUGCUGGUCGUGAGUGGUACUAUGGCAACGUGACACGGCACCAGGCCGAGUGCGCGCUCAAUGAGCGGGGCGUCGAGGGCGACUUUCUCAUUAGGGACAGCGAGUCCUCGCCCAGUGACUUCUCUGUGUCUCUCAAAGCGUCAGGGAGGAACAAGCACUUCAAGGUGCAGCUUGUGGACAGCGUCUACUGCAUUGGGCAGCGGCGGUUCCAUAGCAUGGACGAACUCGUGGAGCACUACAAGAAGGCCCCCAUCUUCACCAGCGAGCACGGGGAGAAGCUCUACCUCGUCCGGGCCCUGCAGUGAAGGCAGCCAUCGGCCUCUCCAUGCCCCGCCCACUGUGGGCCUCGCUGCCACCUCCGCCUCCCAGAGCCCAGUGCUGCCAGCCACCUCCACCCAUGCGGCCUGGAUCACCUCGGUGGCCCGGUCUGUCGUCCUCUGCAGCCUUGUCGAUGGACCAUAGCUACCCAGGCCCUCACAGCCGUGCCCAUGGCCACCACCUUCUGGCCACUUUCAGGUAGUGAGGGUCAUAGGGAGCAAAGCUGCUCACUUUUUUUCCUUUAUAAUUGGAAGCAGUCUGUUUAAAUCCUUCACACACACGCACACGCAGUAAGAGAUGGGGGUUUAUUUGAAGGGCAGAAAGCCUGUAUGUCGUGAAUACGUGACCUUAGCACACUCCGAGAGCUGUGUCCACGGGUGCUUGGUGCCUCCCAUCAGCCAUGCUGGUCCAGGGCCUGCAUUUUAAUUUUUUUGUUUUUUAUUUUUUGUGGCUCCAAGCUCUGCAGGAGUCCAAGAAUGUGCGGAUAGCAAUACUGGAAACCCUGGGGAGGUGGUGGUGAGGGAACUGCCCAGUGCCUUUGAGGCUGUGCUUGCAAUAAAAGAGGGUUGUUUGGGGUCUACAGAAGAGGCGACGCAGAAGGAAGGAAACUCGGGUAACGUUACCCCCAGGUGUGCCAUCCACAUAGUGCUUUUUCCCUCUUGCCCUUUGGCUUGUUUGAAUUUCACGAUUAUGUAUUUAAUUCUCAAAGUACUAUGUAUCUGUAGCUGUUUGUUGACACUAAUAACAGAUGAUUAAGGAAAACAGCUGAUCUCUCGGGAAGGGGAGCUACCAAUACUUUAUACAUACACACUAUAUUAUAUAUAUAUAUAUAAUAUAUGUAUAUUAUAUAUAUAUUAUUUGCUUUACAGGGAAAUUUUUCAGGGUUUACAAAAGAGUAUGUGAUUGGUAGUAACAGAAUGUUUAUGAAGAAAUUGCAUUUCCUUUUUUUCCUUUACAUUUGAACUUCUUUAUAGUUUGACCAGAGAGUCUUGAGAUGGCACAUUCCUACAAUUGAAGAAGGGGUCUUGAGAUCCCCUAAACUUGCAUACCCAGUUUUUUGAAUAUUGUAAUAAAAAAAAAAAAGUAU